AGACUAGUUUUGGCGGUCCAUGAGCUUCCUGGCUCGUUUGGACCAAUCUACGAGCAUGAACUUGUAACAUCAAUCAUAGUGCAUCGUUGCAAUCUCGCCAUGAUGCUGUAUGCCAUCAGGAUUUGACAAUGAGGAUCUAACACCUAUAGUCAUCAACCUUUUGAUAACAUUUAGCUUGAGCGCCAAAAGUUGCGCGCAGUAAGAGAGUUCGGCCACAAUCCCUAAACUGAAAGGAUUGUAUAGACAAUAUGUAGUCUGAGUGGUCUCUGGUAACGUAUAGUUGAUGCUGAGGCGGACGAGGGCGUGCGGAGAGCGCCGCACCAGCCAAGCGGGAUAUGGGACCCCCCCCCCCCAAAUGCACAGGCUGGCCAUGAAGCCAAGUGAGCGCAUCGCGGCGGCGAAGGCUCUGCCAGAGCUGGAGGUGGGGCGGUGCUGGCGGCGGAGCUGGCCGUGGAGGGGUCUGGCGUGGCGGCAGCGGGGCGGGUGGGCGUGGCUGGUGUAGACAGGUGGCGCGAUCCGGGGCGACGCCACGCCUCGCAAAGUGCCCUCGACUCAGGACUGCAAAUGUGAGGGUUCAAAGCCGGGCAUCGAGGCGUGUGACAGCGCCGGAUGUGCCACGCCCGAUGUGCCACGCGAGGCGGCAGCUGCCCCAACAGCACCGGCGGCGAGGACAGCAAUGGCCCCGACAGCGGCACCAGCACGCCGCAGCACCAGCACCAGCGGCAGCGCGGCGGGUAGCCGCUGCUGCAAUCGAGCGGUGGGCUGCAGCCUCCGCAGAUGGGCAUCGUGGCGUUCGGUGACAGCACCUACAGGCUGUAGAUGGCGGCGCAGGCGAAGGCCGCCCGAAGCUCUAGAGGCGGCGCGACAGGUGCUGUCACGACUGCCGCCUGAGCUGCACUCGGUGCUGCUCAACGCGGCGGAGCUAUUCACUGGCUUGGAAUUGUGCCAGGCCGGCAUGGGGCUGCCACAGCAGCAGCAGGCGCAGGCGCAGCAGGCGGGCAACAGCAGCGGAGGGGCUGCGCCCGACGGCGGGCUGCCACAUCACCUGCAGAGCCUGCCGCAGUGGUGGCCAAGUACAUCAUGGGCCCAUUGCAGCGCAUCUACAAUGGCAACGCCGGCACCAGCGGCGGUGCUGGCAAGUCGCCCAGCGGCGACGCGGUGCCCGGGGCGUGCGCUUGACCACCUGCUUAGCGGCAGCGCAGCCGCCUACGCGCCCGGCGUCGCCGGCGCCGGUGCCGACGGCGGGCCCCAGCCUCGCGGCUCCACCAGCGGCAUGGCUACCGUCAUGAUGCCCAGCGCCACUACGGGUCUGGACUCCUCCUCCCACGCAGCGCUGCAGCUGUUCAACCAGGUGCUGCCGGCGCUGACACAGAGCGUGGCGACGGUGCGCAGGCGCCUCGGCGGUGGCUUCGGCGCGCCCGUGCCCUGCACAGUCAAUUUUGAGCUGGUGCAACGCUCGCCGGUGGGGCCGGGCGCCAUGCUUGGCUCCCAGCUCAAGGCGAGCCGCAAGGAGCGGCCGCCCGGCGGCGCGGAGUACUAUGAAGGCGGUAGCAGUGGCGUGGGGGGUGCCGGCGGCGGCAGCGGGCUGUGCUCGCAGGCGUCGUCGCAGCUGGGCCAGGGCAGCGGGGUCCAGCAGCAGGCUGCGGUGCUGCCGGCGCGCGGCGCAGCAGCCGCGGGCCGGUGGGUGGCGGUGGGGGCGGCGGCGGAGGUGGGGGCGGCGUGGCGCCGUUCAAGGGCGGCGCUGCUGAGCUGACCCAGUAUGACAUGCUGCGUCACCAGCAGGAGGCGUUGGGGGUGGACCGCGGGACAGUCCGCGGCGUGAAUGUGCAGGUGGCAGCUCGCAACUCGCAGCCGGCGGCAACUGGCUCGCAGCAGCGUCACUCUGUUGACGGCGGAGCACCGCAGCAGGGUGGAAAGCUGGUCCGGGAGGGUUCCAAUUGAGUUGCGUAUAGAGCGGUUUUGGGGGCGCUUUGUGUUUGCCCACGCGUGUUUGCGUUCUCCAAGUUCACUCCCUGUCUCAUGUGGUGCGUGAUCCCGACUUGCAGGGAGACAUUCCUUCCUCCUCUGGGCAAGCAGCAUCAAGCAGUGUGACACUGAGCUGUGGUGGUCGGGGACGGCACAACCCUUCGUGCCCAGCGGCUGUUGCAGCCGGAUACGCAUACAAUAGAUACGAAACAACUUCGACGUUCUUCGUUUGGACUGCUGAAAUACGGUAGUCUAAGACUAUCUAAUCGGGAAUGGCUCUAGCCGCCGUGUAGGCGGGUUGCUGGGGUGCGGAGGGGAAGGGAUUGGUGGGUGAGGGAAGCACUCGCAAUAGCAUUUAGGGAGGCGUAUGUCCCUGUUGGGUCACUGAGGUGGCCGUGUGGCGGGAAGAUGCCAAGAAGCAAGGCCAUCCGGUGCGCGUGCUUGAAUUCACGCCUUUGACAUAUACUCGUUCGUGUUGUAACGGAGGGCGUGAGCCGCCGUGUAUCGCUAUGCAUCGGAUUUCGUCAGUGUGAACCUCGCAUGUGUGUGCCAGCCGCUUACGUACGUACAAGUAGGCAUACACCCAGGUCGCGGUCCUGGCCUACCGGCUAUUAGAGGUGCGAAGGAUGCCGACCUGCCUCACGUGCGCAACCUGCUGGCCGGCGGGCCGCUGCUGGCAGACAUGCUGACGAGCUAGCAUGCACGGCGCCAUGGCGGCUGCGUGGAUGGGCUCGCAAGCGGUCGGGCGGUCUCAUGGGUGGGUGCGCGAAGGGAGGCUGCUUCUAGGCUAAUCCUCAACAAGCGUGACAGGUGUGGGUCGAUCGGGGGAUCGGCCG